GUGUAUGCCACUAUAAAUAGAACGCACUGGAGACGUUCGUGAAACGCAAUUUGUUACCGGAUGUUUUUCUCUGACAACAAACGUGUGUGUGAGGUUUGUUGUGCUAGACUCAUCAAGAGAUAUCAUUAUGCAGUUUAAAUUAUCAUACGUUACCUCCUAUCAAGAAACAUGAAAUUCAGCAGUUCAUUGAUUUUCGUGUUUUGCUUCAAAGUCAUGAAUUGUAAUCUGUACCCUGUAUAUACCUACGCACUGAAAAUAGGAGACCCAUUUACCUGUACAUGUAGAGGCUAUUCUACAUAUGAAUUAACGUGGACUUUACAGAAGGAAAAUGGAGAAAUUAUACCUCUAAUAAACAGAUGUGAAUUUCCUUUUAAAAAUUGCACGGUCGAGUUCCUUCACGGUGGUAUUUCCUACAAGGCUGAUGAUGUAUAUGACCGCAGGGCUGUCGUUUGGACUCAUCUCACAAUUCAACGAACGGAAGUCGACAUGAUGGGACUUCUUUGCUCAGUCACUGUAGAUGUAGACAGGUGUUACAUGAAAGUCGUGGAUAAUGUAGGAGACUCUUCAGAUAUCUCAGCAGUGAAAAUAGGAGACCCAUUUACUUGUACAUGUAAAGCCUCUCGUUUGGGCGCAUUAACGUGGAAGUUACACAAGAACAAUGGAGAACAUAUACCACUAAUAACGAAAUGUCUCUACCCAUUUAAAAAUUGCACAGUCCAGUACCAUCAAGGUGGUAUUACCUUAGAGGCGGGUGAUGAACACUUGCAUAGAGUUACAACUCGUCUCACUGUUCAACACGCUGAACAAGACAUGACAGGAAUCUUUUGCUCAAGCAAAUCUAUCCGAGAACGAUGUUUGUUCAAUUUCGUGGAUAACGUAGAAGUGAUCCACGAACUCAACGAAGGAGAUCAGUUCACCUGUGAAUGUAGACUAUUUGAUGACAUGGAUGCUGAAUGGACCCUAGAGAAGGUUGGCGGAGAAAAGAUUAGUUUGGUCUCAGACUGCUACUGGAAAAACAAUUGCUUUCACGGGAAUUAUACAGGAUCACUACACGGCGCCGCUGCGCUAGUGUGGCUCGCCGGUGGCUCCCUACAGAGCCCCGUGGCACCCCGUGGCACCCCGUCAGAGAUCACUGAGGAGUGGCUACCUCACUAUUACGAAGGGCGACUAACGUUUACUAAAGGUUUUCACCCAGAACGCCCCGUGGCGUCUUUACGGUAG